ACUUAAACUUUUAUGAUAAAUACAGUAAGGUUUGAAAAAGUCAUUAAUUUUUGUCAAAAGGAAAUACUUCUCUUCUAAGGAAUAUAUAGCAAAUCAAUUUUUGUACAGGACGACAAUAAUUCAAUUUUGCUCCAAAUAAGGCUUCUUAACGGCCUUUUUCACAAAAAUAUGGCUAACAGAAAUUUAAAAACAAUGAUAUUUUUGUCAUUUUAGUAGAAAAAAAAGUAAAAAACAAAAUUCAGCAUGAAAAAUGCAGCUCAUAUUGUUUUAUGUAUUCUCCCGUGAACUCUUUGCAAAAAAGGAUAAAUAAAUGUUUAAAGAAUUAAAACUUUUAACAAAAGUAUGAAUUAAAAUCUAAUUUUUCCCGAUAUUGGUUGGACACAACCAAUUCAAAAUCUUAAUUUAAACAGUAAAACUGUAUCUAUGAAGAGACCCUCAGUAUUAUUAUGGACCUCCCUCUGUCAUCACCGUGAUGUUAAAAAAAUAUUAAGUAGAGUGCUAUUACAUAUGCAUGAUGAUAAUUCUUAGAGGGAUUAUAAUUACAAGAACAUAUAAUUACAUAAGAAUGAUAUUAUUAACUGGAUGAGCAGAGCAAAGUACUAGUGAAACGGUGAAGCUAAACAAGUUCUUUUUUUUCCAGAUAUUUUUUUUAAUCAAGGCUUCUGAGUUCUGACCAUGAAUUCUCAGAUCGCUUCCGAAGAUGUGUUACGGUGUCAUCUCUGUGAGACCCCGGGCCCCCCUAUGUACUGUGACAUUUGUCACAUACAUCUGUGUAAAGCCUGUGUGGGGGAACAUCUCUCUGAUGAAUCACAAAAUCACAAAAUAGUGUCAUCUAGAAAGCGGGGAUCGACUUCUAAAUGUUCAAAACAUUUAACAAGAAUAUGUGAACUUCAUUGUGAACAGUGUGAUCUUCCUAUUUGUGCUCUUUGUGUGUCCUCCGGUGACCAUGACCAACACAAUAAACUCGAUAUUAUUGACAAUAUUGAAAGCAAAACAGAAGAAAUUCAAAAUGAUUUACAAGAACUAGAGAAAUAUAUUUAUUCUAUUCACGAGGAGAUUGCAUUUAACAUCGCAGUUCAAAAAACUGAUCUGAAUAUAAACUACGAAAAUUUGACAAUAGCUAUCAACAGACAUGGAGAAGACUUGCACAGAGAAAUUGACAUCAUUAUCCAUAAACUAAAAUCAGACCUUGAUGAAAUGGACACCAAACUCCUGGCUGCUCUAAAUAAACAGGAGGAUGAAAUAAAACACACCAUUUCUGAAAUCACACAGACCAUUGCUGAACUGAAGACGUUACUGGACUCCAAUGAUGUCAGCCGUGUCUCUGCCUACAAACCCAGGAAUGAUGAAUUCAGAAGAUUGCCUCCUAAACUCACAGUGUCCUUACCAAGUUUUACCCCUCAGAAGAUCAACAAAGAACAACUUUAUCAACAGUUUGGUUCUCUGUCAGCGUUAUCUAUCAAAAUAGAAGAAUAUGGCUACACCAUGGAAUCUCCCGGUGCUGAGUCCUCUCCCCCGGACAGACCGUUUCUUGAUAAACCUCGGAUCAUCACUGAUAUGGACACAGAUUAUGGAAGCUUUAAUGGAUUAAGCAAUGUGUCCUGUUCGAGUGAUGAGGAGAUCUGGACGUGUGGUGGUGACAAAAUCAUGAGACUUUACAACCUCCAUGGGGAUCUAUUGAAGUCAAUAGAGACCAAUUCAGAAAAUAUUCAGCGAGACAUAGCAGCAACAAGGAGUGGGGAUCUAGUUUAUACUGAUUACAGAGAGAGAACUGUGAACAUAAUGAAGAAUACACAGAUACAGACAUUGAUCAGACUAUGGGGGUGGAGACCUCUCAAUGUCUGUAGUACCUCCUCUGGUGACCUCCUGGUUGUCAUGGAAAGUGAUCAUGAUAAUACUAAUGAGCAAACAAAAGUUGUGCGAUAUUCUGGCUCCACAAAGAAACAAAACAUUCAAUUCAACAACAGAGGACAACCUCUCUAUUCAUCUGGUGGAGUAUUUGACAUAAAAUAUAUCAGUGAGAACAGGAAUGGUGAUAUCUGUGUAGCUGACUGUGAUGCCGGUGCAAUAGUGGUGGUCAAUCAGGCCGGGAAACUCCGAUUUACCUACACUGGUCCUUUCUCUGUCACCAGUAGAGCGUUUAGACCAUACGGCAUCACAAUAGACAGCCAGGGUCGGAUCCUGACAGCAGACCGUGACAACCACCGUAUCCACAUCCUGGAUCAGGACGGACAGUUCCUCCGCUACAUUGACAACUGUGAAUUGCGCAGUCCAUGGGGUUUAAGUAUUAACACCAAAGACAACCUCUUUGUGGCUGAGUACAAAAGAGGCAGAGUUAAGAAAAUUCAAUAUUAUAUGUAAAAUUGUGAAUGUAUAUUGAAAAUAAAACGUGUGUUUUAUGG